ACAUGAUCGAAGAACUAUCUAAACUACCUGAAUCGCAAUUGCAAAUGAAUACACAAUCGGUUAGUAAAGAAUACACCAUGUACCUUAAAGGCAUAAAAUUUUACGAAAAUGAAUUUGAGAAUUCAGAAUAG